AUGUCUACUGUUAACAAGUCUUGGGCACAAGCCAUCCCCUCUAAACAAGCCUUGUACAAUCCCGAAUUUGAAAAAGACGCCUGUGGUGUUGGUUUCAUGGUGCAUGUCAAGGGUGAAAGAUCCCACAAGAUCCUUACCGACGCCAGCCAUAUCCUUUGCAACAUGACGCAUCGUGGUGCCAGUGGUGCUGAUAUUCGUGAUGGCGAUGGUGCUGGUGUGAUGACUGGUAUUCCACAUCAAUUCUUUGUCAAUGAAGCCAAGCGAGAAUUGGGCAUUGAUUUGCCUGAAGAGGGCAAGUACGCUGUUGGUAACUUGUUCAUGAAAGGCGAAUCCGAUGUCGUUGCCGAAAGCAAGCGUAUCUUUGAAGAGAUGGCUACAGCAUUGCAUUUGAAGGUGCUGGGAUGGCGUUCGGUGCCACGAGAUUCAUCCAUUUUGGGUCCUGCUGCUAAAUCCAAGGAGCCUGCCAUUGAACAACCCUUCAUCGUCCUUGCUGAAGCACACCACGAGUUUGAUGAACGCUACUUUGAACGUCAAUUAUAUGUGUUGCGUAAACAUGCCACCCAUAAGCUUACCAUGGCCAAAUGGUUUUACGUGUGCUCACUCUCCAACAAAAACAUUGUCUACAAGGGCCAACUUACGCCACGUCAGGUGUAUGAAUAUUUCCAUGAUCUCAACAAUGUCCAGUAUACCACUCAUUUUGCCUUGGUCCAUUCUCGUUUCUCCACCAACACGUUCCCAUCAUGGGAUAGAGCCCAACCUAUGCGUUGGUGUGCUCACAAUGGUGAAAUCAAUACACUCCGUGGUAACAAGAAUUGGAUGCGUUCUCGUGAGGGUCUCAUGGAAUCUGAUACAUUUGGAGACGAGCUUGAAUUGUUGUAUCCAAUCAUUGAAGAGGGUGGCUCCGAUUCAGCUGCAUUUGACAAUGUACUUGAAUUGCUGGUGAUUAAUGGCGUACUGACUUUGCCUGAAGCUAUCAUGUUGAUGAUUCCCGAGGCAUGGCAAAACAAUGACAACAUGGCACCCGAACUCAAGGCAUUCUACCAAUGGGCUGGUUCAUUGAUGGAGCCAUGGGAUGGUCCCGCUCUCUUCACCUUUUCGGAUGGUCGCUAUUGUGGUGCUAAUCUCGAUCGUAACGGUCUACGUCCUUGUCGAUACUAUGUCACAUCCGAUGAUAUCAUGAUUUGUGCUUCUGAAGUGGGCACUGUGCAUAUUGAUCAAGAAACGGUGGUAUCCAAAGGACGCUUGAAGCCUGGUCGCAUGUUGUUGGUUGACACUGUUGAAGGUGUGAUUGUCGAUGAUAAGCAACUCAAGCUCCAAACCGCCGCCAAACGCAAUUUUACUGAGUGGAUCAAGAAUCAACGUAUCGGAUUGCAAGAUAUCGUCGCCAAGAGCGCAUCAGCCCAACCAUUCGAAGCCCAAUUGGAUGAAACCACUGUUCACACCGAUCCUCGUCUCAAGGCAUUUGGCUACACCCUCGAACAGCUCAACUUGAUCAUGGUGCCCAUGUCUUCUACUGGCAAGGAGGCUCUUGGUUCCAUGGGUAACGAUGCCGCUCUCGCUUGCUUAUCUGAACAACCUCGUUUGAUUUAUGAGUACUUCCGUGAAUUGUUUGCUCAAGUCACCAACCCACCUAUUGAUCCCAUCCGUGAACAAGUUGUCAUGUCGCUCGAGUGCGUUGUUGGUCCUGAAGGCAACAUUUUGGAUAUUGACGAGUCCCAAUGCCAUCGUUUGCAACUCAAGUCGCCUAUUCUUUCCAUGGAGGAAUUGGCCGCUGUCAAGAACAUGUCGCAAUUUUAUCCCGAAUGGAAGGUGGCCACCAUUGAUAUCACUUUUGCUAAGGGUGAUGGUGUACAAGGAUACUUGGGUGCCUUGGAGCGUGUGUGCAAUGAAGUGUCCUCUGUGAUUGAGCAAGGAUACAAGGUCGUUGUAUUGUCUGAUCGUGCUGUUUCCAAAGAUCGUGUUGCUAUCUCAUCCUUGAUUGCCGCUGGUGGUGUCCAUCAUCACUUGGUGCGUAACAAGCAACGUAGCCGUAUUGCAUUGAUGGUUGAGACGGCUGAAGCUCGUGAGGUGCAUCAUUUCUGUGUGUUGCUUGGUUACGGUGUGGAUGCCAUUUGCCCUUAUCUUGCCAUGGAAGCCAUGCUCAAGUUGCAUCGUGAAGGCGCUGUUCAUGAAGGUCUCACGCCUGAAAAGUUGGUGUACAAUUACAAGAAGGCUGUCGAUGAUGGUAUUCGUAAGGUCAUGUCCAAGAUGGGUAUCUCUACACUUGCCUCGUACAAGGGUGCUCAAAUCUUUGAAGCAUUGGGCGUUGAUGAUACUGUCAUUUCUCGUUGCUUUGUUGGUACUGCUUCUCGUAUCAAGGGCGCCACUUUUGACAUCUUUGCAUUGGAUGCUUUGACGAUGCAUGAGAAUGGGUUCCCCACUCGCAACAUUGUUCAGCCCUUGUCGUUGCCUGAGUCUGGUGAAUAUCAUUGGCGUGAUGGUGGUGAAGCUCACGUGACUGAUCCUACGGGCGUUGCUCAGUUACAAGAUGCUGUGCGUCAAAAGAACCAGAAUGCUUGGGAUGCUUACACUCGUAAUGCAUAUGAAGCCAUCAAGAAAUGUACCCUUCGUGGUAUGCUCGAAUUCGACUUUGAUAGCGCCAAGCCUGUUGCCAUUGAUGAAGUUGAACCAUGGACCAACAUUGUCAAACGCUUCGUCACGGGUGCCAUGUCGUAUGGUUCGAUCUCCAUGGAAGCUCAUUCAUCCCUUGCUAUUGCCAUGAACCGCCUUGGUGGUAAAUCCAACACUGGUGAAGGUGGUGAGAAGCCUGAGAGAUCCAAUCCCUUGGAGAAUGGUGAUACGAUGCGCUCUGCCAUCAAGCAAGUUGCCUCUGGUCGUUUUGGUGUCACCAGCUUCUACUUGUCUGAUUCGGAUGAAUUGCAAAUCAAGAUGGCUCAAGGUGCAAAGCCUGGUGAAGGUGGUGAAUUGGCUGGUACCAAGGUAUCCGAAGAGAUCGCAAGCACUCGUAAGACCACUCCUGGCAUCGGUCUUAUCUCUCCUCCUCCUCACCACGACAUUUACUCCAUCGAAGACUUGAGUCAACUCAUUUAUGACUUGAAGUGCUCCAAUCCACGUGCUCGUGUCUCUGUCAAGCUUGUCUCUGAAGUCGGUGUUGGCAUUGUCGCUUCCGGUGUUGCAAAGGCCAAGGCUGAUCACAUCCUCAUUUCGGGUCACGAUGGUGGUACUGGUGCUUCUCGUUGGACUGGUAUCAAGUAUGCUGGUUUGCCAUGGGAAUUGGGUCUUGCCGAGACACAUCAAACAUUGGUGCUCAACGAUUUGCGUGGUCGUGUCAUUGUCCAAACUGAUGGCCAAAUCAAGACGGGUCGUGAUGCUGUUGUUGCAUGUUUGCUUGGUGCGGAAGAGUGGGGUUUCGCCACUACUCCUUUGAUUGCUUUGGGUUGUACUAUGAUGCGCAAGUGCCACUUGAACACUUGCCCUGUUGGUAUUGCUACCCAAGAUCCUGAAUUGCGCAAAAAGUUCCAAGGCGAACCUGAGCAUGUGGUCAACUUUUUCUAUUACCUUGCUGAGGAGAUGCGAUCCAUCAUGGCUCAACUUGGUUUCCGUACUAUCAAUGAGAUGGUGGGCCAUGCUGAAAAGUUGCGUGUCAAUGAAUCCUUGCGUACUUUCAAGACUGCCAACCUUGAUCUCUCACCUAUUCUCACGCCUGCUUCUUCUCUUCGUCCUGGUGUGGCCAAUGUGUGUGUCACCAAGCAACGCCACAACUUGCAUACUCGCCUUGACAACUUUUUCGUCGAUGAAGCUGAGGCUGCACUCACCAACAAGCAAAAGGUCUUUAUUGAAUCGGACGUUGUCAACACCGAUCGUGCAUUGGGUACCACUCUUUCAUACAAUGUAUCAAGACGUCAUGGUGAAAAAGGCUUGCCUGAGGAUACGAUUCAUGUCAAGAUGACUGGUUCAGCUGGUCAAUCAUUUGGUGCAUUCUUGGCCCCUGGUGUCUUCUUUGAGCUUGAAGGUGAUUCCAAUGAUUAUGUCGGCAAGGGUCUUUCAGGUGGUAAACUCGCCAUUUAUCCACCCAAGAAUGCUACCUUCAAGUCUGAAGAAAACGUCAUUAUUGGCAAUGUGUGCUUGUAUGGUGCUACCUUUGGUCAAGCCUUCUUCCGUGGUGAUGCCGCUGAGCGUUUCUGUGUCCGUAAUUCAGGUGCUCGUGCUGUUGUUGAAGGUGUUGGUGAUCACGGCUGUGAGUACAUGACGGGUGGUCGUGCCGUUAUUCUUGGCAGCACGGGUCGCAACUUUGCUGCUGGUAUGUCUGGUGGUAUUGCCUAUGUCCUGGAUCUUCAAGGCGACUUUAAGAAAAAUGUCAACAUGGAAAUGGUGGCUCUUGAAACUGUCAAUGACGUUGAACGUAUUGCCGAGUUGCGUGAUAUGAUCGAGGAUCAUCGCCAUUACACUGGUUCCGAAAUUGCUGAUCGCGUCCUUAAGGAUUUCAACACCUACUUGCCAAAGUUCGUCAUGGUCAUGCCUCUCGAAUACCGCAACUUGCUCAUCAAGGAACGUGAAGAGAAGGAGAAGGCUAAGCAAGAAAAGAAGGUUGAGGAGAAGCCCAAAUGCGAACACAAGCCUGCUGCUCCUGUUGAACCUCAAGUUGAAGAUGUUGAAGAUAGCAUUUUGGAUGAAAAGGCCAUUCAAGAACGUCGUGCUAAGCUUGACAAGGUGCGAGGUUUCAUGAAGUACAAGCGUCGCAAUGAAGGUUAUCGCAAUGCCAAGAAGCGUGGAUCUGAUUGGGAGGAAAUCAACUACCGCCUCACAAGAUCCCAAUUGCAUGAACAAGGUGCUCGUUGUAUGGAUUGUGGUAUUCCUUUCUGCCAAUCCGAUACCGGUUGCCCUAUUGGUAAUGUCAUCCCCAAGUGGAACGAGCUUGUGUACAAGGACAACUGGCAGGAUGCUUUGGAUCGUCUCAUGAUGACCAACAACUUCCCUGAAUUCACUGGUCGUGUAUGCCCUGCUCCAUGCGAAUCCAGCUGUACUCUUGGUAUUAGUGAACCACCAGUUGCCAUCAAGAGCAUUGAAUGUGCCAUUAUUGACCGAGGUUUCGAAGAAGGAUGGAUCAAGCCUAAUCCCCCAGCACAACGCACUGGCAAGAAGAUUGCUAUCAUUGGUUCUGGUCCCGCUGGUUUAGCUGCUGCUGAUCAACUCAACAAGGCUGGUCAUUUGGUUACUGUCUAUGAUCGCAAUGAUCGUAUGGGUGGUCUUUUGAUGUAUGGUAUUCCCAACAUGAAGCUCGACAAGAAGGUGGUUGAUCGUCGUCUCAAUUUGCUUGCUGCUGAGGGUAUUACCUUUGUUCCCAAUGCCAACGUUGGUGUUGACAUUGAUGCCAACAAGCUUCGUGAUGAGAAUGAUGCCGUGAUUGUUGCAACGGGUGCCACUUGGCCACGUGAUCUCAAGAUUACCGGUCGUGAAGCCAAUGGUAUCCACUUUGCCAUGGAAUUCCUUCAAGCCAACACCAAGUCAUUGCUCGAUAGCAAGCUUCAAGAUGGAAAGUACCUCUCAGCCAAGGACAAGCAUGUCGUUGUUAUUGGUGGUGGUGAUACCGGUAACGAUUGUAUUGGUACUUCUAUUCGUCAUGGAUGCAAGUCGGUUGUCAACUUUGAGUUGCUUCCUCAACCCCCUCAAACUCGUGCCAACGAUAACCCAUGGCCUCAAUUCGCUCGUGUCCACAAGGUUGAUUAUGGUCACAGUGAAGUCCAAGCUCACUUUGGCAAGGAUCCUCGUGAAUACUGUGUCAUGUCCAAGGAGUUUGUCAAGGAUGCUGAAGGCAAUGUCAAGGGUAUUAACACUGUUCGUGUUGAAUGGUCCAAGGAUGAAAAUGGUCGUUGGGCUAUGAAGGAUGUUCCCGGCUCUGAAGAAUUCUUCCCUGCUGAUUUGGUGCUCUUAUCCAUGGGCUUUUUGGGUCCUGAAGAAGCUCUUGUCAAGCAACUUUCUCUCAAGCAAGAUGGCCGUACCAAUAUUGAGACUCCCAAGGGCAAGUACAACACUUCAGCUCCUGGCGUAUUUGCUGCAGGUGAUUGCCGACGUGGUCAAUCGCUUAUUGUAUGGGGUAUCAACGAAGGUCGCCAAUGUGCUCGUGAAGUUGAUUUUUUCCUUGAAGGCAGCACUUUUCUUCCUGUUGCAGGCGGCAUCAACAAGCGUGCCUAA